CCUUGCAGUACGUGCCUGGAUAGUUUGUGGAUAUAAUUACUGACUGGAAUCUGGGCUGUUGCAGUUGUGCGUGGGGGGGAGAGAGGAGAAAAGAAAGCAUCCCCCCCCUCCGCCGACCCUCCCUGCUCUCUCCCCCACACAUUUUUUUUUUUUCUCCCCCUUUGCUGGUGGUUCGGACAUUUAAUGUAUUGAAUGAACUGGAAUUGCUUUCCGUGUGAGGAGGAUGGUUGCUGUUACUUUGUGAUGAGAUCGGGAAUGAAUUGCUCGGUUUAAAAAUGCUGCUUUGGAUUCUGUUGCUGGAGACGUCUCUUUGUUUUGCUGCUGGAAACGUUACAGGGGACGUUUGCAAAGAGAAGAUCUGUGCCUGCAACGAGAUAGAAGGGGAUUUGCACGUAGACUGUGAGAAAAAGGGAUUUACCAGCCUGCAACAUUUCACCGCCCCAACUUCCCAAUUUUACCAUUUAUUCCUGCAUGGCAAUUCCCUGACUCGACUUUUCCCUAAUGAGUUUGCUAACUUUUACAAUGCGGUCAGUUUGCACAUGGAAAACAACGGUUUGCAUGAGAUUGUUCCUGGGGCUUUCCUUGGGCUGCAGCUGGUGAAACGCUUGCACAUAAACAACAACAAGAUCAAAUCGUUCAGGAAGCAGACUUUCCUGGGGCUGGACGAUCUGGAAUACCUCCAGGCAGAUUUUAAUCUGUUGCGGGAUAUUGACCCGGGAGCGUUUAGGGACUUAAACAAGCUAGAGGUGCUGAUUUUAAAUGACAACCUCAUCAGCACCUUGCCCCCCAAUGUGUUUCAAUAUGUGCCGAUCACCCACCUCGACCUCCGGGGAAACCGUCUUAAAACCUUGCCUUACGAGGAGGUCCUGGAGCAGAUCCCAGGCAUUGCUGAAAUCCUGCUAGAGGAUAACCCCUGGGACUGCACUUGCGAUCUGCUGUCGUUGAAAGAAUGGCUGGAAAACAUACCUAAAAACGCUUUGAUCGGCAGAGUGAUUUGUGAAGCUCCCACUAGGUUGCAGGGCAAAGAUUUAAAUGAGACCACAGAGCAGGAGCUGUGUAAAAAGAACAGAGUAGAUUCCAGCCUAGCUGCUCCCCCUGCCGAAGAAGAAACCUGCGAUCCUGGUCCCAUUCCAACCCCCUUUAAAAUCCAUGGCAAAGAAGACCCUGCCACGCCAGGAUCUGCUCCAAACGGAGGUACAAAGAUUCCUGUCAACUGGCAAAUCAAGACCAAACCCACUGCUGCCGUGUCGACAGUGAGUGCGAAGAGCAAGCUACCCGCUACCUUUUCCUGCCCGCACAUCUGCAGCUGUGAUCAGAUCCCUGGCUCGGGUUUAAAGGUUAAUUGUAAUGAUAGGAAUGUGAGCAGCUUGGUGGAUUUGAAGCCCAAGCCCUCCAAUGUGCAGGAGCUGUUUCUGAGAGACAACAAAAUACACACCAUCAGGAAAUCCCACUUUCUGGAUUACCGAAAACUUAAUUUACUCGAUCUGGGCAACAACAACAUUGCCACCGUUGAGAACAACACCUUCAAGAACCUCUUUGAUCUCCGAUGGCUCUACAUGGAUAGUAACUACUUAGACACCCUGUCCCGGGAGAAAUUCGCCGGGCUGCAAAACCUGGAGUAUCUGAACGUGGAGUUUAAUGGGAUCCAGAUGAUCAUGCCUGGCACCUUCAAUGCGAUGCCCAAACUGAGAGUCCUCAUCCUCAACAACAAUCUGCUGAGGUCUCUCCCGGUAGACGUCUUCGCCGGGGUCUCGCUUUCCAAGCUGAGCAUACACAACAAUUAUUUCAUGUACCUCCCGGUGGCGGGGGUGCUGGACCAGCUCACCUCCAUCACCCAGAUCGACCUGCACGGCAACCCAUGGGACUGUACUUGCCCUAUCGUGCCUUUCAAACAGUGGGCAGAGAUGCUGCGCCCCAAGGUGAUUAUGAGUGACCUGAGGUGUGAGUCCCCUGAAGAUUUCUUCAAGGAGGAUUUCGAGUCUCUCUCCAACGAUGUGAUUUGCCCUCAGUUAAAAAUCUCUCCCACAUUAACUUCUUCUAACAAAAACAGCACCGGGUUGACAGAGACAGGUACUCACUCCAACUCCUACUUGGAGACCAGCCGGGUCUCUAUUUCGGUGCUAGUGCCAGGACUUCUGCUGGUUUUUGUGACCUCUGCCUUCACAGUGGUUGGCAUGCUGGUUUUCAUCCUGAGGAACAGAAAGCGGUCCAAGAGGAGGGACGCCAACUCCUCUGCAUCUGAAAUCAACUCCUUGCAGACGGUCUGCGACUCGUCCUACUGGCACAACGGGCCCUACAGCGCCGACGGGGCCCACAGGGUGUACGACUGCGGCUCCCACUCCCUGUCGGACUGAGGCGGCGGCGGGGCGGGGGCGGCCGC